AUGAUACAUACGAAACCGAAGUCCACUGAGGCAAACUCGAGAGAACAUGCUUUCGAGCAACGAGCUCACACAAAUCAAACUUACUUCGGUAACGAUCCAGGCCUUCCGGCAGUUCGCAGAGCGAAACGAAGCGGAGCUCAGCGCAUGAAAUCUCUCAUGCACUCAGCUUUGAGUGCUGCACCAGACAUCGAUCGCGUUAUCGAAGAAACUCGCAGUACUCCGUUCUCUGAUAGAAUAGCCAAUGCUAGAAUCAGAGACAUCGGAAAAAUCAAAUUCCCUGAGUAUGCAGGAACUACCGAUCCGAGAGCUCACGUUAGAGCUUUCAGACUAGCUGUAACUAAAGCUCACCUAAGUGACUACGAAAAAGAACCGGGCUACUGUAGAUUCUUUGCAGAAAACCUGACAGGCCCAGCUCUUGAGUGGUUCGCAAGUCUAGAAGGCGGCUCAAUAGAUAGUUUCGAUCAGCUCGUAUCAGUUUUCCUUAAACAAUACUCGAUGUUUAUCGAAACACGAGCUACAGAAGCCGAUCUCUGGAAAUUACGCCAAGGUCCUGAUGAACCACUUCGCCACUUCAUAGCUCGCUUCAAAGAAGUGAAAGCAAAAUCGCAAACCUCAAUGAUGGUGUAG